AUUAAAAUUAAUAAUUAAUUAAUUUUAAUUUAAAAUGAAAUAUCCGAGUAAGAGAAGAUUCAAUGAAUAUAAACAUUUUGAAAUGGAUUUCCCCUGCCGCAGGGAGCAGCGGCCAUUGUCAAUAGACGCGACUGCCAUCAUGAAGGAGAAGAGUAAGAACGCGGCUCGCUCCCGUCGGGAGAAAGAGAACUCUGAGUUCUUAGAACUUGCGAAACUCCUGCCGUUACCUUCAGCUAUCACCUCGCAGCUCGACAAGGCGUCAGUGAUCAGAUUGACGACGAGUUAUUUGAAGAUGAGGCAGGUCUUUCCUGACGGUCUCGGUGACGCGUGGGGCGCAGCACCGCCGCCAUUACAGCCGCGUGAACUCUCCAUACGAGAACUGGGUUCACAUUUACUGCAGACAUUGGACGGCUUCAUCUUCGUGGUGGCUCCUGACGGCAAGAUUAUGUAUAUCAGUGAGACAGCAUCUGUACAUCUUGGAUUAAGUCAGGUACCGUCACCAACAAAUUUUAUAAAAAAAAAAAAACAUCCAUCUAAACAUUCGCAUUUAUAAUAUUAAUAAGAUUUUUUUCCUUACAGUUACCCAGUGGGUGGAACAUGGGGUCCAACUGUGGACGUGGAAUGCGAGCGUGCGUUCUUCAUACGGAUGAAAUGUGUACUAGCAAAGAGAAACGCAGGACUCACUACAUCUGGUUAUAAGGUGAUCCACUGCUCUGGAUACUUGCGCGCGAGGAGAUUCGGUGAAGCGACAGCUCCACUUGGGCUGGUGGCUGUGGGCCACUCUCUACCACCUUCCGCCGUCACAGAACUGAAGCUGCACUCCAAUAUGUUCAUGUUCCGUGCCUCACUCGACAUGAGACUCAUAUUCCUUGACGCCAGAGUGGCAACACUGACAGGCUACGAGCCUCAGGAUUUGAUAGAGAAGACGCUCUACAACUUCAUACACGGCACAGACGUUCUGCACAUGAGAUAUUCGCACUGCACAUUGUUGGCAAAGGGUCAAGUGACGUCACGCUACUAUCGCUUCCUCACCAAGUCUGGAGGCUGGGUUUGGAUGCAGAGUUAUGCCACCAUUGUACAUAACUCCCGCUCUUCAAGACCUCAUUGCAUCGUCUCCGUUAACUACGUACUAAGUGAUAUUGAAGAAAAACAUUUGAUACUAAAUAUAGAUCAAGGUCCGCCAAAACUCAACACAGAUGUACAAACACCGACACACAUACCGACAAGCACGUCACCACACGUACACGCGAGAACCGACAAGGUCAACCAUUUACUUAACGAAAGCGACUUCAGUACAGAUUCAAGUGGCGGUUACAAUUACCCUGAAUAUACACUUCCAGUGCCAUACGAAUCGCACGAUGAAUAUCAAACACAGAACGGUCCUUAUGAAUUAUUUUACAAUGAAAAUUAUACGGAACCAGAAAUAUUACAAAACAAUUAUAUAUAUCCCCAAAAUCAACGACCAUUUUCAGCAAGUUCAUCAAGUUGCAGCUCAAUUGAAAGUUCCGAAGUUACACAACAAUAUAAUUAUACGAAUUUAAUAUCAUUUUACGGUCAUAAUAGUCAAAAUCAAAAUGGCCGACCGAUACAGAGUAAUUUUGGUGGGAAUUUCACUAAAAUGACGCCCAGCCCUACAGUACAAGAUGGCGGAUAUACGAGCGUGAUUGUCGAUAAUACACAACAGUUUCAUCAUCAUGGCAGUUCUGUUAAUGAAUUUGUACAUUAAAUUAUUCAUAUUUAGUGUAAAUUCAAUUUAAAUCGAAGUUCGAGUGAUAUUUUCUCACUUAUAGAGAUUUCUCUCUAACCUGAGUUUCUCGAUUAUUCGAUUAUGUUAAAUUUUGUAUACGGUAUUUGAGUUGGCACGUGGAUAACAAAGGAACUCUAUUGCAAGACGUGCCAACUUAAGUGCCGAUGUUUAAUCGGCUUGUGGUUAUACCAAAUUAUUAUUGCAUUUCUUGCCAAUAGAAUUUAAAAUGUAA